GUUGGACUUUGGUGUCAGUUUUGUCGCUGACUCUUGCUUGUGAACAUGAAGCAGUUUGCAGAAAAGAAGGGAAUCUGCCUCUAUCUUUGUAUCGAAGUUCUAUGUUUCUUCGCCUUGGUCGAAUCGGUACCUAUUUCAGAAAAUGAGGGAGAGACGGAUCAGACGAACAUUGCAGAUUUUCUUCAUUUUGUCACGCAAGGAAAUUCAUCUGGAAUACCCGGUGUGAUCAUUCCAGACCCGCUGAGUUUUCCAGACGAGUACGAAUUCUCAAAUUUCUUCUGUACUAUGAAAGCUUCAGAUAACGACAUCACCGGAUUUUCAAGGCUCAGCCUUGAGCACUUCUCCGCCGACUUCGGCGACUUAUCAGUUCACGUCGAGGCGAAGGUACCGCAGCUAAGUGUUCUGGGCAGUGCGACGCUUGCCACGGGAAUCAUGUUCAGUUUUAGCAGCCAAUACAACGUCACAUUUAACAAUGUCACCUUCUUCCUAAAUGGAGAAGUCGCCUUUGACCAGGAAGGGGCCCUGCAAAUGAGCGAGGAAAAACUAAAGCUUCAUGCAGCGUAUGAAGACCUACAAGUGACUAUUACGGAGCUCUUGUGGAUACCUGAAUACGUUCACGAAAUUGUUGUUGAUCAGUUGAUGCCAACGCUUCUAGACCAGACAGAACAAUGGAUUCUGCAGGUUAUCAACGAGAACUUCAGAUCAUCUGGAUUUCUCACGCAAUUUCCCGAUUCAGUUCACUUCAUUGAUUACCUCUUUAUGCAGGCUCGACCUCAGAUCAGGAAAUCUGGAAUAGACCCCUUGUCCUUCGAUGAAAGUGGACUGGAACUCGACUUGGGUCUGCUCCUUCAGUGCGAGGAUGUCACUCUAAAAGGGUUAUCUUCACUAUACUGGGGUCACGAAGGACUAUUUACAUACAUUGAGGACACCUUCCAACUCUCGUUUCAGGUCAGAACCCAAGCCUUGCAAAUGAAUGGAAGGUGCGGUGUGACCAUAGUCCCGUUGCUCCUCGAGAGGUCGUUGGAGAUUGAGUGGAUUACAUUGAAAUCUCCGUUGAAAUCCACCUCCAGAGUGGCUUGCAAAAUCCACCGACUUUGCGGCUCCUCGAGAUUGAUAUAGGAAACAUCGAAGGAAAGAUGCCUGGAUUAGGAAGCUUGAGUUACAUAGCAGAAGCUUCUCUCGAUAUAGUUCCAAACCUGAGCCGAGACAGGAUUCGGAAAAUGAUGCAGAGAGAGUUCUGGACGCUUCUCCAGAGCCAGUUAAGCCAGCUGGAACCUGUUCUGCUGAUCCAAGAAUACAUAAAACAGCAAGAUAGCAAGACUCGUGCAUCUUCCCACUGCCCUGGUGCAGCUGUCAGAGGAGACAGGUGUAAUUUUCUGCAUCUGCUGAGAGCUGAUUCGUCAGUAUGACUUAUUCUCUUUUGGAUUUUCCAGAGAAACUCGGUGCCCAACGCAGUGUUGGCAACUCUGGGUGAUUCUAGCACCACUUGGAAAAAUCUUGAUUAUCAUUAUUAUUUUUUUUUUAAGUCUAUCACAGCCAUCCUGUUUUUAUAGUGUGGGGUUCCGGGUUGCAGCUUGCCUGUUUUUAGGAGUCCUUCACCUUUCUCACUAUGUGCGCUGUUUCUAGUAAGCAUACUCUUCUACAUGAGUUUUGGAGGUACUUCGACAUCUAGUUUUUCUAGGUUCCCUUUCAUAGAUCUUGGGAUCAUGCCCAGUGUUCCUAUGAUUAUGGGCACAAUUUCCAAUGGCAUACCACGUAUCCCUCUUAUUUCUAUUUUCAGGUCUUGAUACUUACCGAUUUUUUCUCUUUCUAUCUUAUCUACUCUGGUGUCCAAUUGUAUUGCGACACCAGUGAGUGAUACUUUCUUCUUGAUUUUGUCAAUCAAUGUCACGUCUGGUCUAUUGGCAUUAUCACCUUAUCUGUUCUGAUACCAUAGUCCCAGAGAAUCUUUUCCUGAUCGUUUUCUAGCACUCCUGCAGGUAGGUGUCCGUACCACUUAUUACUACAAGGUAGCUGGUGUGUUUUGCACAGGCUCCAGUGUAGGGCUUUUGCUACUGAAUCAUGCCUCUCUUUGUACUGGUUCUGUGCAAGCGCCGGACAUUCACUUACUAUGUGGUUUAUAGUCUCGUUUUUCAUAUCGUACUUCCUGCAUAGGGGUGAAAUCUUAUUUCUAUCUGUUGUUCUUUGGACAUAUCUGGUUCUUAGGGCCUGAUCUUGUGCUACUGUUAGCCUUUCUUCUGUUUCCUUCUUGAGUUCUCCCCUCUGUAGCCACUGCCACAUUUCAUCGCUGGUCAGUUCUUUAGUCUGUCUCAUGUACUGUCUGUGGAUUGGUUUGUUGUGCCAUUCUUCUGUUCUGUUUGUCAUUCUCCUGUCUCUGUAUAUUUCUGGGUCUUCGUCUACUUUUAUCAGUCCUUCUUCCCACCACUCGUCUUCACUGGUUUUCAGAUAUUGCCCCCGUGCCCUGUUCUCGAUGUUGAUGCAGUCCUCUAUGCUUAGUAGCCCUCUCCCUCCUUCCUUUCGUGUUAUGUAUAGUAUUUGCUCUUGGGUUUAGUGCUUUGUGUACUGUCGUGUUUCCUUGUUUUCUGGUCUAUGGUGCGGAGUUCAGCCCACGUCCACUCCAUUACUCCUGCGCUGUAUCUGAUUACUGGUACUGCCCAUGUGUUUAUGGCUUUCAUCAAGGUCUCGGCGUUGAGCCUUGAAUUGAGUAUUGCUUGAAGUCUCUGCAUUAUUCAUAGGUAUUUGCAUCUUAUCUCAUCUGUGUUUGAUGCUAUUCCCAUCUGGUAGCUUUAUUCCUUCAAUCCUUGUCACUUUUCCUUUUUGUAUAUUGACCAAGGCUCAUUUUGCUAUUCCAAACUCCAUCCUGAUGCUUCCAGAUACAGUUCUUACAGUCUGUAUUAGGGUAUCGAUAUCCUUGAUGCUCUUACCAUAAAGCUUGAUGUCGUCCAUGAACAUCUGAUGGUUAAUUCUGUUGCCUCCUUUCUUGAGCUGGUACCCAGCAUCCAUCUUUCGUCAUGGGAAUCAUGGCUACUACGAAGAGUAGUGGGGAUAGAGAGUCAACUUGAAAGAUCCAUCUCCUGAUCUAACCUCUGCCAGUCUUAUCCAAGAGCCUGUAAGUACUGUAUUCCACUUGCAAAUAGUAUUUUUUAGGAAGCUGAUGGUGUUUUCCUCUGCCCCAUAUAUUUCCAGGCAUUCUGGAAAUAUAUGGAAAUAUAUGUGGGCGGUAUCAUGUCGAGGGCUUUCUUGUAUUCAGUCCAUGCCAUGCUCCGGUUGGUUUUCCUUCUCGUACUCUUCUUCCUUACCAUUUUGUCUACCAGGAGCUGGUCUUUUGUGCCCCUACACUUCUCUCUGCAGCCUUCUGUUGGUUGGGGAUGGUGUUUGUAUCCUUUAGGUAAUUGUAUAGCCUUUCACUGAUGAUACCUGUUAUACUUAUUAUUAUUAUUAUUAUUAUUAUUAUUAUUAUUAUUAUUAUUAUUAUUAUUAUUAUUAUUAUUAUUAUUGUAUAGGUAGCAGAUCCUCUUUCAAACAUGUAGUGUUGACUGUUAUUGUUGCAUCAGGUGCAUUCAAUUUACAUUGGGAUAGAGGAAUCUAUAUAAAUUGAAUGCAGCUGAUACAGCAAUAACAUUUGAUGCUAUAUUACUACUAUUAUUAUUUUUGUUGUUGUUGUUGUCAAAAUAGUUUUACCUGACCACUGAGCAGAAUAUCAGCUCUCACAAACAUGGCUCAGAGCAAAACACAGUUGAUUUCCUAGAGUUUAAUGUUACAACUUCCAUAGCACAGUCAGACUCACUUGUGAUAUUUGGAAAACCACAACAUUAGUAAUAAAGAAGUUUUACCAGACCAAUGAGCUGGUUAUCAUCUAUCACAGCGCUGGCCCUAAAGAUUUAUUUUUUAAAAUUUUGUCAAUCAAAUCACAAUUUUUCAAAAACCUUUUAAUGUCGUAGUUUCUUACAAAAUUUCACAGAUCAAUUUAUUUCCAUAACCUGAUAAUCGCUGCUGAUUAAACUUUGGGUAUUCACACAACAAAUGAAUACUAAACAUGUACAGAGGGCUGCUUAUCUAAUAAUGUCAAAGUUCAGUGUUACAGCGUAAAUAACUCGGUAAAAAGAAGUAUAUAGGUAUUUGACCAUAAGCAAAUAGCCAUCAAUAGUACUGUUCCAGUUCAGGAUUAUAAACAGGCCCUUUCCACGCCAUUGCAUUGGACUUGAUGUUGAAGGGAAAGGCAUGUUUCUUAUAAAUUGUAUUUGAAAAUUAUUGAAUAUUACUGAUUAUGUUGAUAAGGACUUCGCUACUAACUUAUCGCAUAGCUGCAGGUAUAAAGUUACCAAGAAAAAGGAAUAAAAGGACAUGCUUCGUCUGCAAACCCA